CACGCCGAAGAAAAAACACGCGAACCCCACCCUGCCCUCCGCAGCAAGCCUCCGCCGCCGCCGGUCCCCUUCUGCGCUGCUCCUCGCCGCGGCUCUCUCCGGCGAAUCUGCAUGGCCGGCGGGUAGUCCCCAUCUACCGCCCUGCUCCUCCCUAUCGCGCCGCCCGCUCCCUGUCUCCAGCAGCAGCCGACGCCCCACUCUGGCGGCCGACUGCCUACUCCGGCCGAGACCCCACUCCGGCGGAAGGCCCCCCGUUUCCCCUCCCCACCUCCCAGGCCGUGGCCAUGAGCUCGUCCGGUAAGUUUCUUGCCCGGUGCAUCAGCCAAUCCUGGCUCCGCCACUGUGUCAAGGUGAUGACGGACGAGCAGAUGGAGGUGCUCCGGAAGCAGAUCUCCAUCUACGCCACCAUCUGCGAGCAGCUCGUCGAGAUGCACCGCGCCCUCACGGCGCACCAGGAUUCCAUUGCAGGUAUGAGUCUUGGUAAUCUGUACUGUGAUCCUCUAAUGGUUCAUGGAGGCCAGAAGAUCACAGCGAGGCAGCGAUGGACACCAACCCAGAUGCAGCUGCAGAUCCUCGAGAGCAUUUUCAACCAAGGAAAUGGAACACCAAGCAAGCAGAAGAUAAAAGACAUCACAGCGGAGCUCUCGCAGCAUGGCCAGAUCUCGGAGACCAACAUCUACAACUGGUUCCAGAACAGACGUGCACGCUCGAAGCGGAAGCAAGCAGCUUCUUCUCUACCAAACAACGCCGAAUCCGAAGCCGAGGGGGAUGAGGAGUCCCCGACCGACAAGAAGCCUAGAUCAGACGGGUCACAGCAGCAGAACAUGGCUGUGAGAGCUCACAACCUCAAGAGGAUCUCGGAGAUGCACCGUCACUUCGACGCAGCAGAGCGUGGGCAUGUCUGUGGUCCAACGAUGUAUGGGUCCAGCAACGACACCUCGAGAUAGUCGGGCGGUCUGGGCCAGAUGUCCUUCUACGAGAACGUCAUGUCAGAAUCCAAGAAUCGACCAGUUCUUCCAGUACCGGACGGGCGAAAGCUUCGACAUGUCUGGGUGGGAUCCGUCUGGGUGACACACGCGGUUCGGUGUGUCGCACUUUGACAACAUACCCCUGUAAAAAAGGCAGCAUGCGUUGGUUAUCAUGAUCUUGUUGACCUCCUGAGGGUCCACCAUGUCGCUCAAAGGCUACCACGAAGCCUCGCUGCAUCCGCCGGCCGCGUACGAUGCGGCGGCGCCGGAGGAGUGGGAGUGGGACUGGGGGGAAGCCCUCCUCGACAGAUCCGCCUACAUGGUCGACAAGAAAGACCACCAGAAAAACCAUACCUCCGCCUGCCAUCGAUUCCGGAGGAACCUGCGCGGCAGGGAGGUGAAGGUGGAGAUGCAGGUGAGCCUGUUCAUGGCGCCGCCGCCUCGCGUCUCCUACUUCUGCUGCUCCGCUAACCGC